AUGUACUUGGAAAAAUAGUCUGACCCUAUGUGCUACAGUAAAUAAUAUAGUUAAGACUAGAAUGUUCAUAUCGUUUGUUCAAGUUGCAGUGUUAAAACAGAGAAUUGUACAGCAUGUCCUCUCUAAUCUUAUAGGGAUCUCGGAAUAGAUAAUGCAUGUUCUUGCCAAACUAAUAUGUAUGAACAACCUAAUAAUCCAAUUUGCAUUCGUAUAUAUGUGAUUCAAACUAGCCUGUCAUUACACUUGCUUUACAUGCAAUGGAACUGAAUCUAAUUAAUGCACAUCCUGUUACACUGAAAUUAUGAGACAAUCGAAUGAUUCAGGGUCUUGUUUAUGCAUGAAUAAAUACUAUGAUGCUGGAAAGCCUGAUUGCUAAGGUAUAAAUCAAAUAAAUUUUUAGCGUGCAGUCCACAGUGUUUGAACUGUGCAAACUCUGCCGAUAGUUGUACAUUGUACAUCUUGUAAACCAGAUAGAUAUCUAUUCGGGAAUACUUGUAUUUGUUAAAACAAACGAACUGGUGCCUUCAUUAGUAUGUAUGAAGUAUAAGGCAAAGCAGAUUGUCAAAGUUAUAUCUUAUUAAUUUAACAUAGGUUGUCAUUAUUCUUGCUUAGAAUGCAAUGGAUCUAAAUUUAACCAAUGUACAAAAUGCUUGGCUACUGAAAUGAGAGUGUUAUCAAAUUCUACUUGUCCUUGUUCACCUCAUUAUUUUGAUAUUGGCAAACCAAUCUGUUAAUGUAUGAUUGCAGUUAUAAAUAUUAGAAUGCANAUAAUUUAGACUUAAGUCAAAUACUUUUUUUAUAUGA